AUGCUCGCUUCCACAGGCUCCACAAAGAAGACAAAUAACACCCCACUCCAAUGUUCCAAACCAGCUACUUCUGCUUUUCAGAAGAUCAAGAACGCCCUUGCUGAUUUCACUCUACUUUCACACCCAAAAUCUGACGCUGAGCUGUGCCUGAUGACCGAUGCCUCCGAUGUUGCACUUGGUGCCGUUCUACAACAACGAGUCAACAACGUUUGGCAACCACUCGGUUUCUUUUCCAAACGCCUUCAACCAGCAGAAACCCGGUACAGCACCUUCGGACGCAAACUCCUCGCAGUGUACCUUUCUAUCCGCCACUUCCGCCACCACCUUGAAGCCCGCCAGUUCUCUGUUUUGACCGACCACAAACCGUUGACCUAUGCCAUACACAAUUCCCUCAACCGUCAUUCACCUCGAGAAAUUCGCCACUUGGACUUCAUUUCCCAAUUUACAACCGAUCUCCGUCAUGUUAGUGGGAACACCAACCCAGUUGCCGAUGCCUUGUCACGUAUCGCCACCCUGACUCCUUCGUCCACUGUCGAUUUUUGA